CUCUGGCCCUGCCGUUUGGCUCAGCUCCCCACAGCAAGGAGGAAAGCCCAGCCGGGGAGAAAGAUCGACCAUGGCUACCCCAGAGACAGCUGGCCCCAGCCACUUCUACGACGCCAUCGUGGUGGGAGCAGGGAUCCAGGGCACUCUUGCUGCCUACCACUUGGCAAAGAGGGGGCAGAAGACGCUCUUGCUGGAGCAGUUCCCCCUGCCCCACACCCGAGGAAGCUCCCAUGGACAGAGCCGAAUCAUCCGCAGCGCCUACCCCCAGGACUGUUAUACGGCCAUGAUGGGAGAGGCCUAUCGCCUCUGGGCAGAGCUGGAGGAAGAGGCAGGCAUGAAACUCUGCAGGCAGAUACCAAUGCUGCUUCUGGGGCGCAAGGACAACCCUGUGUUUCAAAGGUACUGGCAUGCCAUGCAGCGCAACCACGUCCCCAGCGAAGCAUUAACAGCAGAGAGCUUGGCCCAAAGAUUCCCAGGAAUCCACCCGCAUGGCGGAGAGGUGGCUGUGUGUGAUCACACCGCCGGGAUCUUGUUUGCUGACAAGGCGGUAAAAGCUGGCCAGGACCAGUUCCAACGCAAUGGAGGGACCAUCCGUGAUGGAGAGAAGGUCCAUGGCAUUCUCCCUGGGGCCGUGACCACCGUGACCACCAGCCAAGGGGAGUAUCGUGCCAAACACCUUGUGGUGACAGCAGGCGCCUGGGCCAGCCGCCUCCUGGCCCCGUUGGGGCUGCAACUGCCUCUCCAGCCUCUGCGUAUCACUGUCUGCUACUGGAGGGCAAAAGCUGGAAGCCCCCCAGGCCUCCUGGAGAAGUUGCCUUGCUUCAUCGGGAUCAACCUGAACGGGGAGAAGCGAGACAUCUAUGGGUUGCCGGCUGGCGAGUACCCGGGUCUUGUCAAGGUCUGCUACCAUUACGGCACCCCCGUAGACCCCGACCAUCCCGACCAUCCAGGCUCUUCUGCUCCUGACCUCCGCAUCCUACAGGAUUUUGUGAGCAAGUAUCUGCCAGGACUUGAACCCGAGCCAGCCGUUCAGGAGCGUUGCAUGUAUACGAACACCCCAGAUGAGGACUUUGUGUUAGACCACCACCCGCAUUUUAGAAAUAUCGCCAUCGGAGCAGGAUUUUCAGGUCACGGGUUCAAGUUCGCCCCUGUCGUUGGGAAGAUCCUUUGCGAGCUGAGCUUGGGCGAGGAGCCCUCUUACGACCUGGUCCCAUUUCAGAUGAGCCGCUUCUCAUCCCGGCUUAAUGCCCCCUUGUAAACCCCCAAAUUGACAGGAGGUGGGAAGAAAUGGAUGCCCCCUCCUCAUCUUCCAACUGAGAAAUUAGAAAUCUCAGGAAACCCUGGCCGGCUGUGUGUAUGUGAACAACUCCUAAGAAAAAAAUUCUUUUUGAAUGAGUGAAAGCUUGCCAUUAUUUCCCCCUUUUUCUUUAACGCAGGAGAAAAUCCACAGCAUUAGCAAAGUAAUAACAAGGCUGUUGGAAGAGUUCAGUAUUUUCAGUGUAAUAAAGUUUAACUCAUUGGCCAGAUAUAUGGAAAGUACUGAAGCUUUUAACCGAAUGAGACAGUUUCUGUCCAAAUAACAUGCUUGCUUUCUGUUGAAAACAAAAUUUGUGGUUUCUAUUUUUGACUUUCCUUUUUUCACCUACUCCUCAGAUGGAGGGGGGGGGGAAUCCCUCACGAAGAUACAUGUGCUUAGACAGCAUUGGAGGAGCAAUUUUCAACUCCUCGUUUUAUUCUCCAGCUACGGUCUUUAGGGAAGAAAGAUAACUGUGGAGUUGAUGGAUACGGGCACUUCCAAGACGAACACUAUUUUUAGGUGGGAUUCAAUCAUGCAGCUGAAAUUCCAGGUAGCGCAGCAAAAGUUGGGGUCGUGGGAACUGUGCUUUGCAACGGGUGCCAGGAACUCUGGCCCCGCAAGGGGCAAACUACAGUUCCCAGGAUUCCUGGGGGAAGGCAAUGUGCUUUGAAUGCAGGGUGCAUCCUCUUAACUUCCCCCAUUGAGGUUGAAUCCUGACAAGAUAGAAGUGCUGUUUUGGGGGGACAGGAGGCAGGCGGGUGUGGAGGACUCCCUGGUCCUCAACGGGGUAACUGUGCCCCUGAAGGACCAGGUGCGCAGCCUGGGAGUCAUUUUGGACUCGCAACUGUCCAUGGAGGCGCAGGUUAAUUGUGUGUCCAGGGCAGCUGUUUAUCAGCUCCAUCUGGUACGCAGGCUGAGUCCCUACCUGUCUGCAGACUGUCUCGCCAGAGUGGUGCAUGCUCUGGUUAUCUCCCGCUUGGACGACUGCAAACGCUCUACGUGGGGCUAUCUUCGAAGGUGACCCAGAAACUACAACUAAUCCAGAAUGCGGCAGCUAGACUGGUGACUGGGAGAGGCCGCCGAGACCACAUAACACCGGUCUUGAAAGACCUACAUUGGCUCCAAGUACGUUUCUGAGCACAAUUCGAAGUGUUGGUGCUGACCUUUAAAGCCCUAAACUUCCUUGGUCCAGUAUACCUGAAGGAGCGUCUCCACCUCCAUCAUUCUGCCCGAACACUGAGGUCCAGCUCCAAGGAGGGCCUUCUGGCAGUUCCCUCACUGUGAGAAGCCAAGUUACAGGGAACCAGGCAGAGGGCCUUCUCGGUAGUGGCACCCGCCCUGUGGAAUGCCCUCCCACCAGAUGUCAAAAAGAACAACCACCACCAGAUUUUUAGAAGACAUCUGAAGGCAGCCCUGUUUAGGGAAGCUUUUAAUGUUUGAUGGAUUACUGUAUUUUAAUAUUUUGUUGGAAGCCGCCCAGAGUUGCCAGGGAAGCUCAGCCAAAUGGGCGGGUUAUAAAUAACAAAAUAUUAUCAUUACCAACUGGUUGGUGGAAAUGAACAACAGCAGAAAUAUCACAAACUGGAAAGGGAUUGGGGUGGUCACCAAGACCCACAUCCCAACAAGACUGCCCCACAUGGGCAGAGUCUGGGAUUUUGUACAUGAGCAGAUCUCUCCUCUUUGUGUUGUGGCAUCCCCUUCAAUAAACAUCUGAUGUGCGUGUUUGACACCAGCUGUCAAUCUGCAAGGAACAAGGACCACAAAAGGACCCUGGAGGUUUUCUCUCAUGGUAAUACUCCUUGCGAUGUUGGCCUUGGACUUUGUCUUACGUUAGUGUAACUCAGGCAUCCCCAAACUGCGGCCCUCCAGAUGUUUUGGCCUACAACUCCCAUGAUCCCUAGCUAACAGGACCGGUGGUCGGGGAUGAUGGGAAUUGUAGUCCAAAACAUCUGGAGGGCCGAAGUCUGGGGAUGCCUGGUCUAACUCCAUGAAUGUCCAAUUUUCAUCUUUUAAAAAUCAGCCAAGUCGCUAGUCCCUAUGAAUGGAGAUGUCAAGUCAAAGAUGCAGACAGGGUUCUACCCAAUUCUUCUCUAAGAAGCCCAGGUCCCAUUUGUGGGCUUCCUUUGGGGGGGGGGGUAUCUGGUUGGCCACUGUGAAUAUGGGAUGCUGGACUAGAUGAGGGCCCCCCUUUGGCCUGAUCCUGCAGGCAGUUCAUAUGUUCCGCCAAACUCUCCUUAUAACAGAUGGACUGAGAAUAGGGAUUGUCCCUCAGCCCCACAUUAGUGCCACUCAGAGUGCCACUCACAGCCGAACAAUAAACUCUUAAAAGAGAAGUCAUUUCACAUUCUGAUUCAUUUAAAAGAAAAGAAAGAAGCUGGAAAGAGAUGAAGCCUCGUGGGCUAAGAGGCUGCUCUCCACCCCCAACCCCUCCACACACACACUUCACAGAGUCAAGCGAAAUGUUUUAAAGUUAAAUGUGCCAUUUUAUUAUCAUCAGAUAGCUUAGCUUAAUAGAGGCGCAUUACCAGCACGCAGACAUUAUGGCCCCGGGCCAGAGGGGGGGGGGAAGCUUCUCCCCUCUCAAGUGUCUUGGCAAAAUUGACUCGGCGGGGGCUGAGAAGUCUUAGAAAAACCGCACAAUUGCUGCGCAUCCUUGCACACUCGCUGCGCAAUCUGGUGUGUGCUGCAAAGGCAGGUAAACAAGUUUGUGCAAUGUCCAAGGAUGAUGGUGUGCCUUCACAUGCUCUCGCUCUCUCUUACACACACACACACACACACACACUCCCUCGCACACUCUCUGUCACACACAUACACCUUUGACCAAACUGCCUCCUUACAUCCAACAAGGUGUAUCCUUGGCCACAAAGCUAUGAGCACACACUCAAGCUGGGUUUAUUCAAGUCAUGAGCUCGGUGGGGUCAGCCUAGAUGAUUUCCGUGGAUCCCUUUCAGGCUUGUGGUUCAGUAUCCAGUAAGGGUUAGGGGUCAGCAAACUUUUUCAGCAGGGGGCCGGUCCACUGUCCCUCAGACCUUGUGGGGGACCGGACUAUAUUUUGAAGGGGGGGAAAGAAUUCCUAUGCCCCACAAAUAACCCAGAGAUGCAUUUUAAAUAAAAGGACACAUUCUACUCAUGUAAAAACAUGCUGAUUCCUGGACCGUCCGUGGGCCGGAUUUAGAAGGCGACUGGGCCGCACCCGGCCCCCGGGCCUUAGUUUGGGGACCCCUGCUAGCCCAUAGGACCAAACUGAUGGCCACAAAGUCUGUUUCUGUUUUUCCAUCCCACCCUCAAAGCAAAAUGAAUAGGUCAGUCGCACACACAAAUAUCUCCAGGAGGUUUUUUUCCGGAGGUAGGAGGGAGAGUGAUC